UCUGCAUUCUCUGUAACUGGGGCUGUAGGAAAUUCGAGCCCCCUUCUCUCUGCCUUCGAAUCUUCAGAUCUCUUUCAUUUUCUUUAAAAAAUAUUUUUUUUUCUUGAAUUUCAAGCAUGGAGUCUUUGAAUUGCAUGCCUUUGUUUUGAAGUUUUCUUUUGGCAUUUUUCUCCCUUCGACGCAAUCUUCCAACACUCAAAAGGCAGAAAGGGAGAGAGAAAGAGAGGGAUCUGUUUUGGGUCUUUUGGGUUCUCCGAAUUUCAAUUCAAAAGCUUCAAUUACAGAUUAUUCUUCUCAAGAAUCCUUUGAUUUGGAGCCCUCUGGAAUAAUUACCAAAACCAACUGUACUUGAGUCAUGGCAACAAAAACUUUAAGGAGGCGGCUCCAUCAUGGGGAUGUUGAUGGAAGGAAACAAGAGCAUUUCGACACUGCAGGAUCAGAUGGUCUCAGUGAGCCUCUGCUUGGGAAGUAUGGACAUGAUGAUAGCUACUCAGAAGCAUGUGUUCAUGAAAACCAUCAAGAAAUAUGGGAUGAGCGAAGGAGGGAACGCCUCCACUGGACACUUCUUUUCUCCCAACUGAUUGCCCAAUGGGCGCAGUGGUUAGCAAACAUUGUCAUUGGAUCGGGAUCGCUCCUUGGAAGGCUUUUAUCUCUUCCUUUCAUUGGUCAAAACGGAAGUGAUAGGAAGAACAUUCAACCUUCUCUUAGCCCUUUACAGGAAGAAAGAUUGAGGAAUCUGCAGCAGAGGCUGGAGGUUCCUUUUGAUGGUACUCAUCUAGAGCAUCAAGAUGCCCUCCGACAACUUUGGAGGUUGGCUUAUCCUGAUCGAGAACUCCCAUCUCUUAAGUCGGAGCUUUGGAAGGAGAUGGGUUGGCAAGGUCCUGACCCGUCAACAGAUUUCAGGGGUGGCGGAUUUAUAUCACUGGAGAAUCUCAUCUUUUUCGCAAAGAAGUAUCCUGAUUGGUUCCAGAGGCUGUUGCACAAGCAAGAAGGGAGAAGGGCGGAAUGGGAAUAUCCCUUUGCCAUAGCUGGAAUAAAUAUUUCUUUUGUGCUGGCACAAAUGUUGGACUUGCAAUCAGGCAGGCCAACUUCACUGGCAGGGGUUCGCUUUCUAGAGCUGCUUGGAGUGGAUGAAAUGGCAUUCGAUAACCUCUACUGUGUGGCAUUUCAGAUGAUGGAUGCUCAAUGGCUUGCGAAGCGUGCUUCUUAUAUGGAAUUCAAUGAGGUUUUGAAAUCGACACGAACACAGCUGGAGCGUGAGCUAGCAUUGGAAGACGUCUCCAGCAUAAAGGAUUUACCGGCUUACAAUCUUUUGAACCAAUAGCUGGGCCGCAUUGGUCUUCUGCAUUUUCUUAGCUUCUUGAUUUCUGUAGUUCUCUGUAUACGCACGGUAUAGAAAUUCUCCAUCCAAACAUGUAAAUUCAAGUGCUCAAAAUUCUAUUUCUGAGAAAUCCAAUUCACAGGUAUAGGAAGUAGUCUGAAGAGUAAAUACUAUUAAA